AUGAACUUCCCCCCAUCUACUCCAAUGAUUCUAGAAAUAGUUUACUUAGCAGUCACAGCCACAGCAAUAGGUCUAGAAUUGUGUGCUAUUUUGAAUUCUGCUUGCUGUUCUGUUUUUGGGCCAGGAAAGUUCUUAAGGGGAUCUGGAGGUCUGUAAUCUGCUGAAAAGGCUGUGCAAGUUCUAGAGGAUAAAUCUGAGAUCACAUAAACAUAUUUUAUGACAGGAUUAUACUGCAUUGUAAUUUCAAGUGCUCUUAAAGCCUUUAUAUUGUACACAUUGUGGAAUGCUUGCAUUGUAGCUGCUGGACUUGGGGUAAUGUCAUAUAUACUUGUGACUUCAGAGAAAGAUUAGGCUAUCAGGGGAAGAAUCAAUAAAGAUCAAGUAAUCGAUCCAACUAAUAUUAAACUAUAAUGA